UAGGAGAACAAAAAAGGAGGCGGCGGCCGGGCCGAACCGGGCCGUGCCGGGCCCACCGAUGAGCGUGUCGCUGGUGGUGAUCCGCCUCGAGCUGGGCGAGCACUCGCCGCUGCCCGCCGGCUUCGCCUACAGCGCGACCGCUCCCGACAUGGCGGCGGACAGCAGCGGCGCGGCCCCGGCCUGCCUGCAGGGGAAGGGCCCCGGAGAGAGGGCGGCCAUCCUGCACCAGCACCUGGGGCGCCGGGAGCUCACCGAUGUCAUCAUCGAGACCAUCCGGCCGCGGGCAGAUGAAACAAAAGGUGCCGUGGAAGGACGGAAGUCUUCGGAGGCUGCAUCUGCUGAGGACAAAACCAAACCCGAUGAGCAAAGCAAGGAGCAUGAGGCUGCUCCGGACUCGCCUUCCAAGCAGCUCCCUGACCAGAUCUCCUUCUUCAGCGGGAAUCCCUCGGUUGAAAUCGUUCACGGCAUCAUGCACCUGUACAAAACCAACAAGAUGACCUCCCUGAAGGAGGACGUCAGGCGCAGCGCCAUGCUCUGCAUCCUCACGGUCCCCGCUACCAUGACCAGCCACGACCUGAUGAAGUUUGUGGCUUCCUUCUACGAUGUCAUCGAGCACAUGAAAAUCAUCCGGGACUCCACUCCCAACCAGUACAUGGUGCUGAUCAAGUUCAGCUCCCAGGCUGAUGCAGACAGCUUCUACAUGGCGUGCAACGGCCGGCAGUUCAACUCCAUCGAGGAGGACGUGUGCCAGCUGGUGUACGUGGAGCGCGCUGAGGUCUUCAAGUCGGAAGAUGGGGCCAGCCUGCCCGUGAUGGAUCUGACCGAGCUGCCAAAAUGCACGGUGUGCCUGGAGAGGAUGGACGAGUCCGUGAACGGGAUCCUCACCACGCUGUGUAACCACAGCUUUCACAGCCAGUGUCUGCAGCGGUGGGAGGACACCACGUGUCCUGUCUGCAGAUACUGCCAAACGCCCGAGCCAGUGGAGGAGAACAAGUGUUUUGAGUGUGGAGUUCAAGAAAACCUCUGGAUCUGUUUAAUAUGUGGGCACAUCGGCUGCGGCCGCUACGUGAGCCGACACGCUUACAAACACUUUGAGGAGACCCAGCACACCUACGCAAUGCAGCUGACCAACCACAGGGUCUGGGACUACGCUGGAGAUAACUACGUCCACCGGCUGGUUGCAAGUAAAACUGACGGGAAAAUAGUUCAGUAUGAGUGCGAGGGAGAUAUGUGUCAGGAGGAGAAAAUCGAUGCCUUACAAUUAGAGUACUCGUAUCUGCUAACGAGCCAGCUGGAAUCACAGCGCAUCUAUUGGGAGAACAAGAUCGUCCGGAUAGAAAAGGACACGGCUGAAGAGAUUAACAACAUGAAGACCAAAUUUAAAGAGACCAUUGAGAAGUGUGACAGUCUGGAACAGAGGCUGAAUGACUUGCUCAAAGAAAAGCAGUCUGUCGAAAGGAAGUGUUCUCAGCUGAAUAACAAAGUGGCUAAACUUUCCAACGAGCUGAAGGAGGAACAAGAACUGAAUAAGUGUUUGCGAGCAAACCAAGCCUUGCUCCAGAACAAGCUCAAGGAAGAGGAGAGAGUGUUAAAGGAAACGUGCGAGCAGAAGGACCUGCAGAUCUCGGAGAUCCAGGAGCAGUUGCGAGAUGUCAUGUUCUACUUAGAGACGCAACAGAAAAUCAAUCACCUCCCAGCUGAGACCCGGCAGGAGAUUCAGGAAGGACAGAUCAACAUUGCGGUGGCAUCUUCCGCCAGCUCCUCCACGGGGGGCACAGGCAAACCUUCUUCCAGGAGAGGCCGCGGCAAGAGGGGCAAAUGAAGAUCGGAACACGCUGCUCCCAAACUGAAUCUGGCCGUGCUCGUGGUAGGCCAGGCCCGCCUCCUGGGACUCCGGCUGGGAACGCCCAGUUCAGUAAAGCUCAGCUAGAAAUUGUCUUCAGAGCUUCUCAUAAAACUGGCUGCCAGUCACUGGAGGUGUCUGUGGUAUUUAAAAGCAUUUCACUGCACUAUUUAGCUGUUUUUAGGCAGAUCUUGAUGACCAUUUUGCCUUCCUACCUUCUCAAAGCCCCCUCCUGUCAUGCGUUUGACUUUCUUCUUGGAGAGUGCUCUGUCUGGGGCGGGUGCGUGGUGUUCGACGUCGCCUUCCCUCAGGGGAGGCUGCGGAGUAGGCUAAGGCCCAGCGUGUAAGGCUUCUCCAGUUCUCCCCACUCCGGGAUUAAAAGUAUUCUCAAUUAAUAAAUGAUUUUUUUAUUUAAGAAGCGAUGUAAAUUAGAUGAUGUGCAUCUCCUUGUAGUACGUGCAGACCAGGCGCUGCAGAACAGCUUGCACAGGAGUAGAAGUGUAGUUUGGAAAUAAAGGAGCGAGGUGUGGAAACGAAACCAUCUCAGUGGUGUAAGAAACGAAACGAGUCCUUACGGCUUGUAGUGUAGGACAUUAAACACUUGAAGGGACUCUGCUACUAUCUGCUCCUUCAUUUUAGAGGUGGCCUUUGAAAGGCCAGUGGUCGCUGCCUUUGGUGCAGGAAGUAUCCAAGGCUUUUUAUCCUGGAAAUUGGUUAACGCAGUUAUUUUACAGGCGUUUCUACAAAUUACACGGAGCCGUCUUUGCGAAGACUGGUCCGUGUUGUGUGCUGAGAGCUGCCAGAGUGUUCUGAUCCUCCCGGAGUGGGGUGCGUACGCUUUCCCUUUAUUAGCUGCACUAGGAGAGCUUGUUGGCAUGAGCUCCAACGCUAUCCCCAGAACGAGGUGAGGAAAACAACCAACGCAGCGUUUUUACAGCCCCAUUCCUACGUGCCUGCACUCAGCCUUCGCGCCGCUGCCAGCCCCCAGCCCGCGGGGCUGCUGUGCUCGGGUUUGCCCGCAGAGCUCAGCGCGCUGCCCUGCGACCAGACCCUCGCCACUAGAUGCAGCUGUUGUAUCCAGUUACUGUGAGCCUAGCGCUGCCUCUUCUGCUCUGGAACGUGGCUCUGGCCCAAAUCCUGGCUGGCAAAACUUUUCUGUUACUUGCCCCAAAAGUGUGCCAGCCCCCCCCAGGGGAAUCUGUGGACAAAUCCUUUUUUUCCCUCCACUUAGAAUACGUACCAGACUCGAUGCUCUGGUUAGGCGCAGUUUUAUCAUGACUGGAGGGGCGACUGUUCUGUUUGCUGUGUUGCGCUCAGCAGCCUGAGCGUUUAAAUGCUAAUUCUCUUUAAGAGCGGCUGGGGAGCCGUGCAGUUGUCUUUUCAGACCACAGGACGAUCCUCUUCCGUGGUUCAAACUGCAGGAACGGCCUCGGUUUUAGUCUGCAGCACUGAAAACGGAGAUCUGACUUCUUUGUUCCAGUUUUGGAGCUAGUAAGUAAGACAGCUAGUCCUUCAUGGAGAGAAGUCGUUCUUUUUGGCCAAGCAAAAGGAACGAGAUGCGAUGCGUAGGAUGACUCUCGGAAGGUGAGUCUAUAAUCUGCUUCCCGACUUCAUCGACUGGAAGUGUUAAACUCCCUCGCGUUGGAAUACGCGGCGCUUGUUUGUGCACUCGUUGCAUCCACUGCUUUGGUUCGAAGAUCUGCCGCAGUCAUCUGGACCUUCCACCUUUUCUACCUUUGUAGCAUGGAUGUACACUGACUCUUUUCUAGUGUGUGGACUGUACAACCUCUGCCUUCUGUACAUUAUCCUAAGGACCCAGAGAUGUACAAACAGCUUGCUCUCCUAUAGAAACUAUUUUAUUUAAGAUAUAUUUUUACAGCAUCUUAAGAUCCUCCAACCUCUGGCUGAAAGCUUGCUUUGUGUAGAACACUAAGACGCUGUGCUGUAUCUGGGAAUUCAUUUUCAAAAAACGUGAUUGAAAAUUAAAGCCGCGUGCAGCA